AUAAACUAAACCCUUAAUUCGCCCAUCCUAGUCACUUUCUUCUCUCUACUCUCAACACAGCCGCUCGCCACCCCCCUACGCCCCUUCUUUUCUCUGUCAGGCGGUCGACGUUCCUCCGCCCGCUUCCUCUGGUACAGCCGCGUCUUUGGUCCUGGUUGCUGUCGUGGCUCUCCUCUGCCGCGUCAUCUGGUCGUUGUUUCUGCGUCCGCUGGUCUAGUCCUUCCGCCAUCCGGUGCUGCUCCUCGCCGCCGGUCCUCGUCCUAAGUCACGCCGCCGCUGCUCCUCGCCGCUUUCGUCUACGUCCUCAGUCACUGCAGGUUGAGGAAUGAGGAAGCUAAAGUUUCAUGAGCAGAAGCUGCUGAAGAAGGUAAAUUUCUUGCAAUGGAAGAGAGAGGGCGAUCACAGAGAAGCCAAUGUUAUGCAUCGUUAUCAUAUAGUCGAGCGGGAUGAUUACAAGAAGUAUUCGGGUUUGUGCCGGAUGGUGCAGAAGUUGGUCAACAUAUUGAAGCAGAUGGAUCCUAGAGACCCUUAUCGAGUUGAAAUGACCGAUGUGCUUUUGGAGAAACUAUAUAACAUGGGAGUGAUACCAAGCAGGAAAAGUCUGGCUUUGUGCGAUCGCCUAUCAGUAUCAUCAUUUUGCAGACGAAGGCUUUCAACUGUUUUAGUGCGACUGAAGUUUGCUGAACAUUUGAAAGAAGCCGUUACAUACAUUGAGCAGGGUCACAUUCGAGUUGGUCCAGAGACAGUUACUGACCCAGCAUUCCUGGUUACGAGGAAUAUGGAAGACUUCAUAACUUGGGUAGAUACAUCCAAGAUAAAGAGAAAGGUGCUCGAGUACAAUGACCAGUUGGAUGAUUAUGAUGUAAUGAACUGAAAAAAGUCCUCUAGGGUGAUUAUGAUGAUCUGCCGCGACAGGGCUAUAAAUUUUGUGAUCUCAUGGACAGAUCUGUACUCUUCUUUUCAAAAUUACUUGUGUUACGCAAUCUGUGAUUCUCAUGUAUGAGGUUGCUUUCAGUUGAUAUAGUUUUGAAGUGUUGUCGAUGAAUGAUCUUUAUUAUUUUAAUGGCUUGACCAUUAUUCCGGAUCAUAAGAAAGAUGGGAAAAAAAAAAAAAAGGAAAUCACCAUGGCAUCUUAUGACAGAUUAAACAUACUCAAGAAUUUGCUUUUUGCUGCUUCUGAACGUGACAUUGUAUUUUAUAUAUGUCCUUCUCAAACUUCUGUUUUGUAA